GGCCCACAUUCCUUCAGUUUCUUUUCGACUUUCAUACAAUAAAGACAUACUUUCGGUAGAGUAAAAAAUAAAAUUUUCGGUUUCAACAAUUUUCUAACCUUAUUUUUCAAGGCAUUUUUCUACUUCACACAAUUAAAAUGAACUCUUCGGAAACCAUGGAUGAGAAAGCAAAAAUUAUAGCCCUAUUUGAGGCAAUAGAAAGAUCCUUGACCCCAGAAAACAGGCAUGUUACUCGCACAAGGAAGGUGGUAAAGAAGACCGCCAGACCAAGCCUGGCGGAUAAGAACAAGCACGGCAUUGCCCAUGUGAAGGGAAGCUCUCUACCAAAGCGAAAGUGUUUACGGAACAAGGGAAAACAUGAUCCGCAGCAAGCCGAAGACGUGCGGGCUAAUACCCCGUGGUUCCAAGAAGCCCAAACCCAAAAAGCGGUUCCCCCAACCGAAGAUGCGAAGACCCUCCAAGGGGUCCUUAACCAACCCGCGGUACCCCAAACGCAACAGUCGUGGUCCCAAGGGGUCCAAGGGGUACCCCAAACCCAAGACUCUGUACCGCAACCCCAACACUCGUGGUUCCAGGGGGACCAUAAUCAACCCGAUGGUUCUCGAACCCUAGACUCGUGGUUCCAAAAGGCCCAAACCCAAGAAGCGGUACCCCAAGCUCAAGUCCCGUGGUUCCAAGGGGCCCAAGCCCAAAAUGCGGUUCCCCAGACCGAAGACGUGUGCCUCCAAGGGGCCCUUAUCCAACCCCAAACGCAACAGUCGUGGUUCCAACAGGCCCAAACCCAAGAAGCAGUACCCCAAGCUCAAGUCCCGUGGUUCCAAGGGGCCAAUUCCCAAGGCACGACUUCCGCACCCCAAAACUCGUUCUUCCAAGUGGCCCAAAACCAACCUGAGGGUCCCGGAUCCGUAGACUCCUGGUUCCAAAAGGCCCAAACCCAAGAAGCGGUACCCCAAACCCAAGAAUCUGUACCGCAACCCCAACACUCGUGGUUCCAAGGGGCCCAUUCCCAAGGCGCCGCUCCCGCACCCCAAAACUCGUUCUUCCAAGGGAUCGGUCCCCGAUCCCUACACUCGUGGUCCCAAGGGUUCCCCAAACCCUAGACUUGUAGCUCCAAGGGGUCCAGUACAAUCCAGACGUUCCCGAAAGCCGAGAUGCAUGGUUUAAUCCAAGUGGUCCAAGCCCAAUCCAAGGGGUCGUAUGAAUACAAAUUUAAUAAGUUAACCCAUGCGCAUGGUAAUAUCACGGUUUAUUAAACAACCAAAUUUCCCACAUAAUGCCUUUUAAA